AUGAACUCCACCAAUUCGUGCCCCGUCGAAGGCAAUUCCGAUCUCUACGGCCUCGGCAUCCGCAUCGGCAUCUACGUCCAGAUGAUGACCGUCCAGCUGUCCGGCCUCGCCAGCGCAAUCUUCAAGACCGAAGACACGCUCGGCCAGGGCACAAUCAUCCUCGUCCUCGCAACCGGUAUCGUCUUAGUCACCCUUUUACAAGAAGAAAAUGCCAUCCAGCCUGUCGAGGUCUUCCCCAUCCUCACGCUGCUGCUCGCCCAGGUCGGCGUCUGUCGCGUUCCUUACUGGAAGGGCCAGACCACGGCCCUCAUUUACACCUUUGAGGUUGGAGCGUUGAUCGCGCUGUUUGCUUGGUUUUGGUGGCAUGGCAUGGAUACGUUGCAUCGGACGUGUCCCGACGACAAGGCCUUUUUCUUUGCAAAGGUCAGCAUUUGGCACUGGUUCCGCACUCUCAACAAGGUCGGCUCCGUAUUUGCCAUUAUCGGCGGCGUCGUCUCCGUCGUCUUCUAUCUCGCAGCCUUAAUCCUCUUCACCUUUGUCCGCGCCGCCAAUUUCGUGAAGCGGUUCAACAAGAAAGAAGGUACCAAGUCCAAGGAGGAGGACAACCCCAUGGGCUUUGGCCCGGUCGAUUUCCUCGUCAACAUUGGCGCCAUCGUCUAUGUGGAAAUGGCCCUCAAAUGGAACAACAUCUCGGGCGUCCACAGCCUCGCUACCCCGGGCCAGUUCAUGCCCUUUUUCAUCUCCAUCGCGCAGCUGCUCAGCGUUUUUUAUGGAGUUGGCAAGGGGUUGUUGUCUAUGGCUGCCGAUGAGGAUGAUGAUUCCGAUUCAGGAUCUGGUAAGACUUCCUGA